GUUGGUAAAUACAAGAUCAUUUGAUAGACACUCUGAUCACCAAAUAUCUUUUACUGCAAGAAGCCAUUUGGUGUUUCAGAAAUCAAAUGGUUCAAAAGCUGCGAAAGUUAACUAAAUCUGGUUUAAGUAGUUUGGGACCUAAACUUUGUAAAACAACCACUGAAUCAUCUUCAUCCAACGCUGCUUCUGCUUAUCAUUUGUCUCAAAAUCUUAAUUCUCGAAGUGAGUUGAGUCCCAGUUUGACUUUAGUUAGAAGUUAUUCACACUUCCUUAGAUCAGUUAAAAUGGUAAAUGAGUCAUCUUUGCUGGUGAACGGAAAUUGCGCCAAUGGCCAUGGAGAAACGAAUGGAAAACACACUGCAACUACAGUACUGAACAGAUGGAAGCAUAGUUACUCUAUUAGUGACAAGGAGCUGAACUCCGAUGACACUGAAGUGUAUCAGAUAAUGUUGAAUGAGAAAAAGCGACAGAGAUACGAGAUUGAGCUGAUUGCUUCGGAGAAUUUUGCAUCGAAAGCCGUGCUUCAGGCUCUUGCUUCGUGCUUGCAGAAUCGAUACUCGGAAGGUUACCCUGGAACCAGGUACUACGGAGGUCAAAAGUACAUCGAUCAGAUGGAACGUCUCUGCCAGCAGAGAGCUCUGGAAGCCUACCGUCUGGAACCUGAAAAAUGGGGUGUGAACGUGCAGCCCUACUCGGGAUCUCCGGCUAAUUUUGCCGUGUACACAGCUCUGGUUGGACCUCAUGGACGCAUCAUGGGUCUGGAUUUACCGGAUGGCGGCCACUUGACGCAUGGGUUUUACACUGAGAAGAAAAAGAUUUCGGCAACUUCGAUUUAUUUUGAGUCGCUGCCGUACAAAGUGAACCCGGAAAGUGGUUUGAUUGAUUAUGAAAAACUGGAGGAACAAGCAAAACUCUUCAAACCAAAACUUAUCAUUGCAGGUGUGAGCUGCUACUCUCGUAAUUUGGACUACGCUCGAUUCCGAGAAAUAGCAGAUUCCGUGGGUGCUUAUCUGAUGGCUGACAUGGCACACGUUAGCGGACUUGUCGCUGCAGACGUUGUCGCGAACCCUUUCGAACAUUGCGACGUCGUCACAACAACCACUCACAAGAGUUUGAGAGGCCCGAGGUCGGGAAUGAUCUUCUUCCGAAGAGGCGUUAAGUCUGUGAACGCAAAAGGCGAAGAAGUAUUGUAUAACAUGGAGAGGCCGAUCAACGAAGCUGUUUUUCCCGGGUUGCAAGGAGGUCCGCAUAAUAACACUAUCGCUGCUCUGGCGGUAGCUUUGAGACAGGCGAAGGAGCCAGAGUUUGUCGACUAUCAGAAGCAAGUGUGUGCCAAUGCGAAGCGAAUGGGAGACGAAUUGAUGAAACGGGGAUAUAAAAUUACCUCAGGUGGAACUGACAAUCACCUGGUGCUUCUCGAUUUGCGACCCAUUGGAUUGGACGGCGCCAGAGCAGAACGAGUCUUGGAAUUAUCUGGCAUCACCUGCAACAAAAACACCUGCCCUGGAGACAAAAGUGCUCUGAAGCCCAGUGGACUUCGAUUGGGAUCCCCUGCCAUGACAUCGCGAGAUAUGGUUGAAGACGACUUCACCCAAAUUGUAGACUUCAUUGACCAGGGUAUCAAAAUCACCCAAUCGGUAUUCGCCAAAUGUGGGCCUACAAUUUCAGAUUUUAAGAAAUUUGUAGAAACUGAUACGGAAACCACGACGAAAAUUGAUCAACUAAAGCAUAAGGUAGAAGCGUGGGUCGGCGACUUUCCGUUGCCAGGCAUGGAUGACAUCUGAACUGUUUUGCUGGUCAUAUUUUAAGUAUGAAUUGAUAUUUGAUUCUUUUUUUUUCUAUUCGACUUUAUGAACUGCGAUCGUAGUGAUUUGAGUUGUUUUCUUUGUAAACAAGUAGUGUAAUAUUUUAAGGCUGUGUAACCGGAAAUUACUCGUUAGAUUGACUAAUUUUGCCGUUUGAAUAAUUUGAUGAUGGUGCUUGCUUACAGUGUAAAUGUGUAAGUGUUUUUCUGUCUUCAAAAUGGAAAUAAAAUUCAUUGCAAUCUAUUUUAACGUAAUGAUUAUGCUUUGAAAUUCACGUUUUGGAACAAAGA